AUGGUUGGGACCCUGGUGUUUAUGGCUGCUAUCACCGUCGCGAACAUGCGUCGUCGAGCGCUUCUACAUAAGUUGAUUUUAGCUGAGUUAAUUCUCGGCAUGGGACACGGCACAUGGCUAUUUGCCCAUGAACCGGUGUAUGGCUGGUACCUCUCCACGACUGCAAUUGGGCUUAAUAUUUCGUGGAGUCUUCACAACGUAAUAGCCUGGCUGAAAAACCGACCGUUCCUUAGCAAGAAUGUCAGCAGAUUCUACAUCGGCACUGUCAUUCUUGCACAGCCGUAUUGGAUCCUCGAAAUUUAUGCCAACUUCACAUAUUUCAACCGUAUUAAUGACUUAUUCCUGAAGACAAGGCCAUUUGAAACGCUUUGCCGAGAUCCCUGGUGGAUAUACACCACGUGCAAUCUCUUCUAUGUCAUAAAAUCCGAGUACGGUUUUACCUACCUUGAGCUCGUUCGCAACAGCCCUCGCUUCGGCGUGAUGCUAGCCUCCAUGUGUCUCUCAAUCAUAUUUCUUGUUAUCGAUCUUCUCUCCGUCCUCCACGUCUUUCAGGGCGCCUUGCCCACAGGCGUUAAUCCGUUUUGGAAGCUUUCCUUUGUGUUUAAAUGUCUCUGCGAUACCGUUAUUCUCGAUGAUUUCAAAACUGCCCUCGACCGACUUCGUGAUUAUUGGUUGCUCAAAAACGGUGCAAUUGACCAAUUCAGCUUCCCUCAAGAUAGGCAAACUCCGCGAUCAUCCUCUCAACAGAGAGGGGCGCGCUUCGGCGGCAACCAUCCCAGCAUCAAGAGGCCUGAUGCCACUGCACAUGGGGAAAGUAAUGUCCGUUAUCAAUUACAACAUAGUAGGAAUUAUAGCAAUUCGACGACCAGGGUCAAGAAUGCUUUCCAAGAAGAAGAAGUAUGA